CGUGUACUUUUUUUCACAGUGGUUUCUCCCAGUGACAUAAUAACAGGAUGCUGAAGUCUUUCUCCUUUUCUGCAAAAUAUCCCCUCUUAAAAUAAACGCCAUUUCACAGAACCUUCCAGGGCAUGAGGGAGAGGGACGCUAACACAUCCAGGGAUUUGGGAGGCAUCUUCUGAGCAUCCUAUACACACUCAGACAUACAUCCUCAUCAUCAAAGCACACGUUCUAACAAAGUACAUCACUAUGGCAACCGACGUCACGACGUCAGCUCGCCUGUCCGGCGCCGUCUGAACACGUCAUUUUGGAGUUCCCACUGUUCAUAGCGGAGAGCGGGCGGUCAGCGGCGAAGGACAGGUCCUUGUGAUGCUAAAGGAAACCCUUAACAAUUGACACUGGACGUACGGAGCUGAGCCUAGACAGUCAAUGGAACACAACUUGAGGCUUGUUGAAAAGAUAGUCCUGAUCGAUUCAGUGGCUUCCAUUGUCCUCUGGCAAAAGCACUUGAGCUACUGCUGACAUCAAAGGCCAAAGGGAGAAAGAAGGCCGGGAGCAGGUCUUAGCAACCAAAGAGCACAACGCCAACCAUAGGAGAAGACCCGGGCUUCUUCUUCCCAACAUUUUUUUAUUGUGAAUUAGAUAUCCCCCCAACCUGUCACCCUGGAGUCGUGGAAGAGGUGGAAUGAAGGCAGAAUGGUGUGGUGUGAGAAAGGGGUUCAGGUUCUUAUGACCACGGUGGGAGCUUUUGCUGCAUUCGGGCUCAUGACAAUCGCAAUAGGAACAGAUUACUGGCUCUAUGCUAGGGCCUUCAUUUGCAACACGACUAAUAUAUCAAGUGAGGAAACCCCUCUGAAAGAUAAGAAAGAUCCUGGAGGGCUGACUCAUUCUGGCCUCUGGAGAAUUUGUUGCUUGGAAGGACAAAGAAGAGGUGUGUGUGUAAAAAUAAAUCACUUUCCAGAAGACACAGAUUAUGAUCAUGACAGUGCUGAAUAUCUUCUACGUGUGGUUCGUGCCUCGAGUAUCUUCCCUAUCCUCAGUGCCAUGCUCCUGUUACUAGGGGGCCUUUGUGUUGCUGCCAGUCGUGUUUACAAAUCCAAACGCAACAUCAUCUUGGGAGCUGGAAUUCUAUUUGUUGCUGCAGGUUUAAGCAACAUUAUUGGUGUUAUUGUUUACAUUUCUGCCAACGCUGGAGAUCCCGGCACCAAGCGAGAUGAUGAGAAGAAGAGUCAUUAUUCGUACGGUUGGUCCUUUUACUUUGGGGGACUUUCUUUUAUCAUUGCCGAAAUGAUUGGGGUCCUGGCCGUAAAUAUCUACAUUGAAAAAAACAGAGAAGCUCACUGUAAAUCACGUACUGAGUUGAUCAAAAACCCCUCUGCCAUCCUCCGUUUACCAAGCUACCGUUUUCGAUAUCGCCGACGUUCUAGAUCAAGUUCACGCUCCACUGAACCUUCUCAGUCAAGAGACACAUCUCCUGUCGGAGUCAAAGGGGUACCUUCAACUGAUAUCUCCAUGUAUACCUUGUCAAGAGAUACCUCCAAGGCUAAUGUGAGCAGCCUGUAUAAUACAGAGCGUGGAGACCACAGUUUUCUACAGCUUCACAACUGCUUCCCUAAGGAACCUGGGGUCACUGUCACUGUCACGGGACCAGCCUCAAACACAGGCACCCUGGGCAAAGAUGGUUCAAACACCAACACUCUAAACAGGAAAACCACACCUGUGUAGGUGAUCCCAAGGCUAAGGUCUUCUAAGUGAGUGUGAGAGAGUGAGUGUGCAAAUGCGUGUGACAGGAUGAACGUUUUAGGAUGGAGAUAGGAGCCAUUUUAUGCCAUGUAGCUGCCAAUUUCUGGUAAAGAGGUGCCGGGAGUACUAGACCUCUCUAUCAGUAAAAGAAAUUCUGGAACCAAAUGGUAAAUGUUCUGAAACCUGCAUUAUAUUGUUUUGCUAAGAAAAAAUAUACUUAUUAAGAAAUAAUGUACAUUUUAGGAUGUUGAGUAACAACUGUUAUCUUUAAAGAUGAGUUAAGGUUUAUCCAGCCAGCUAUUGUCUAACAUUCUUAGGCCAGCGUUGCUGUUAAACUGUAGUUUCUCCCAAUAUUUCUGCAGAAUAAUAAUGACAAGAACAAACAAAUAAGUGGUUUAAUAUUCUAGCUAAAAUAAUUCUAAAACAUAAAUUGACAUAAUCUUGGGAUUGUAAAUGAAAACUUACAAGAACAAGUAUUCACAAACAGGAUAACGGUACCCAAAUAAAUAAUUGAGCUGUUGUUUCCAGGCUCAGACUUAGGACUAACAAAUACAGUAUUUGGGCAAAAUAAAGUUCGCUAUGAGCCAAAAAGUGUUAUUUGGAGCAUAACUGGAGAAUACAGUACAGCCUUAGAUCAAACAUAGCGGGACAUAAUUUUACAAGUUGUCAUAGACUGAUAGAUACAGUAGUAAAAGAUCCCAUUGCUAACUUCUGUCUUUCAUACAGACAGAUUCCUGUGGAGUUCCGCUCACAUGGAUCAUUCAUUUCUCCAUGGCCUCUAAAAAAUAACUCCUCAGUUGUGUGCAAUUUUUUACCCUUAGAUCAGUGGUUCUCACACUGUGUGCCGUGGCACCCUGGAGUGCUGCGAGGCACUUGCAGGGGUGCCUUGGAUUGGUGGUUCCGGACCAAUUCAAAUUAUUUAUGGUCAAUGUAAUAGGCAAAACCAAUGCUAGUGGCUUCCAAUCAUAAAAUAUGUGAACAAACAGAGGCAAAUCCUGUCCGUCACCACAUAACUGAACCUGAGGAUGACAUACUGUAUAAACACAAUUUAAAUAAUUUAAUAUUUGUUUCUAAAUUUCUCAAUAAGAAACUUUUGGCCUAGGGGUGCCGUGAAAAAAAUUCUGAAACUCUAGGGCGCCAUAAUUCAAUAAAGUUUGAAAACCAUUGCCUUAGAUAUAAAUGAACCACAGGGCAUUUUUUUCAAAAUUGCAAGUGCCUAUGUUAAAUCCUUGGGAAGAUUAUCCAAUCCUCCAAAGAUGUUGUGUUGCCCACACCAACCAAUUAGAAUCUAACACUCAUUUAGUACAUUCUACAAAAUGAUAGCGAGAAUCUGAUUGGAUGCUAUGGCAACACCUCUACUUGAACUCUUUAAGAAGUAAGAUAAAUCUUUCCCAGUGUAUCUAACCAAGGAUUUAGCAUAGGCACCUGUACAGCAGGGACGUGCAGUCAGGGAAGGCAGUGCCUCCCCUGUCUUCAAUGAUUAAAAUAAUAUAAAGAAAAUACUUAUGACACAUAUUCUGUGUCAUAAGUAAUUUCUUUAUAUUAUGCUACCCAUUUCAGAGCUUAAAAGUACUUUGGGAGGCACUGAUAGCAGUGCCUCCCGUUUACAAUUGGAAAAGGCUAAAGCGGGUGGGCGGGGCAAAGCACUGGGCUGUAAAAGCCCAUUAAAACCAAAGGGGAAAGCGGCACUUCUGCAAGUGCCUCGUUGACAGGGGAACCCGCCCCUGUCAGCGAGGCAGAUGUGAUUGAACAGUGGAUCCAGUGCUGGAUCCGCUGGUCCAAUCACCCAUAAGCGGCGGGGAGCUGCUGCGUCUGUCAGGAAAAAAAAGAGACAUUCUCCUCCUGGUGUUAUCAGUCACUGUCGCCCCUUACCGUGGUGUGUAUCAUAACAAGUUCCCCCACACAGAAGCAGCAUGUCCACGGCACCAAACUACAAGCCAGCUGCCAGCUAGAAGCUCCCGGAGUUACAGCAGCACUAACGAGUGUCAAAAGGUCACUCUCCUCUGCCGUUUCCCUACCCUACAGUAUCAGAUAGCAUCCCAGCACACAGCACCACAGUGUGAGUACUAACGCUGACAGCCAGCAAACACUUGUUAACUAUUUCCUGCCUUGCUCAAUCCACACACAGUACUGCUGCAAUUCCCUGCAGUCUGUAGCAAUACUGCAUCACAGACUGUUUAUAUUCAAUGGGAGCUUGAUCUGAAUUGCUCUGGUGAUCAACUUAUGGGAGACCUUGGGGUAGAUGUAUUAUACUAGCACAUAUCGUGUUGGUAUAGCAAUUCCUGCUGCGCCUCUUUACUGAGGCGAAGCAGAAAGAGGUAGCGACAACAUGUAUGAACAUAUCGGCUGCCGCAGACCCCCCAGCACUAGGCUGAUGCGCUGUGUCUCACCACAGCCGGCUCACUGGACAUGCACGAGAUCUCGCUAUUAUCACGAGAUCUCACAUGCAGCCCAGUGCUGGCAACCAUCACAGCCAGGGACAGAGCUGUCCCUGCUGUGGUGAUGGGGCAAAGACACCUGCAGCUGUCAAAAUCAAUUGCUGCAGGUAUCGGAACGGUCAGUGCCACUGACCAUUUAUACGUUGCCCUGCAUAUUGGCGUGCUAUCUUGUAGAUAGCAGUGCUGAUAAUGAGCGCCACUGUCAUUUACCACACUUUCCCACAGUCCAGUUUGAUCCCAGGGGGCAUUGUUUGUACAGGUCACACACUAGGGACACUAUAAGAGCUACUUCUGUAUUGUGUAACGUGAAUAAGGGGUACUUAUGUGUGGUGUAACGCGAACUGGCCAGGCGUCAAAUUACUGCCUUGCCCAGGGUGAUGUAAAUACUAGUUUCGGCCCUGCUGUGGAGCUGUGGCAGCCCCAGAGGCAGCCCCAGAGCCAGCGGGACCUGGCGUUACUGAUGUGGAGCUGUCACUACAGCAGUGGCAACUGUAGUGACAGCCCCGGAGCCAGCGGGACCUGGCAUUACUGAAGUGGUGCCCCAGAGAUGGAGAGCGUGCAGCGGCGACCUCUCCCUACUCCUCAUCUGCCCUCUUAUGCAGCAGCAUCACUGCCGGUGAUUCACCGGCACCUACACUCUCCCUUGACCUGGGGCCCGGGACCACCCAGGUCAGAAAGGUGUGUGUGUGUGUGUGUAGGGGGGGGCAGUUGGACUGGGUGGGAAGUGACUGGGCAGCUCACCCCCAGAACACUUGGGCUGCAGGGACAAGGAGGUGCAAUAUAUAUAUAUAUAUGUAUCUAUCAGUGCCUCCCCAGCCAAUGACCUCACCGCACGCCACUGCUGUACAGUAUAACUAACACUUAGCAGCAUAUGUAAGAGGGUCCGUGUUUGCCAGAUGUGCGGGAUGCCGGACAAUCUCAGAUGUUUUUUUUAAAGCAGCAAUCAAUUUCAAGGCGUGGUUUUGCCCUGAGAAUUAUUGCCACUUCAUCAAAAGUCCGAGAUUGUCUGGCAUCCUCCGCCACACUUGGACUCUAUUACAUAUGUCCCUCAAGCUGGGAACACACUUGAACGAUCUCUGCCUGAUAUGUAGUUUCCAUAUGAUUUGGAACAUCAUAUCAGCCGGAUCGAUCAGUGUGUACGGGAAAGCUGCGUGCUUGUGCGGUCGUUAGUGAUAUCAUCCGAUCGGCUGUGCUGCAUAGCCAACCGGAUAAUAUCAUAUGCGGCACCGUGCAAGGUAAUAAUGUAAGACGGAACAAAGGAUAGUUCUGUCCUUCAUUACAUCGUUCUGAUGUGUACACACGGUACAAUAUGUUUGCCCCUUGGCCAGCAUAUCGUCAAAGUACAUAUCGCUCCAGUGUGUAACCAGCUUAACCUGAAAGGAAGAGUCUCUCCCUAGCACUUGUUACUAGCAACGGACAGAAUAUUUCAACACCUCAGGCACUGUACAUGUAAUCUACACGGUACAAGAUUUUGUACCUUAAACUAGCCACUUGCAUUAAUUUACAAGACAAAAAAUAUAUUGAUUACUACAAAUAAAUAUGUACUAAGUUGGACUUUUAAUAGUUGAGGAGCCGGACGGUAUUCCCAUUUGUGACAUGCUUGGCAUGUAAACAUGCUAAGAACCCAGUAGCAUUCUAACUGACAUAGGGCGGGAUGUACUAAAGCAAAAAUGCGGUAAAACCC